AUGUCUUGGAAAAGUGAUAUUAGAGUAAUUGUCGGUUUAGACUUCGGAACAACCUUUAGUGGAUUUAGUUAUGUUCAUACAGCUAAUCAAGAAGAAAUUAUUACCAAUGAAGCUUGGCCUGGUGAAAUUGGACAGCUGAAGACAAACACGGUUUUGCAAUAUGAUUCAAAAUUUGAAACGGUCGAGUUAUGGGGGGCACCAGCAUUAUCAAAACGACCACAUCGUAGAAAGAAAAAAGUAAUUGAGGCUCAACCAGUAGAAUUAUUCAAACUUCAUUUAGGCGAUAUGCCGGCAAAACUUAAACCAAAACUUGAAUUAGAUUAUAAGAAAGCAAUCACAGACUAUCUAAAAGAAAUUGGAAGAUGGAUGAAAGACACCAUAACAACAAGAUGGUGUGGGAUAGAUUUCAAAAAUGAUGUUUUAUUAAUUAUAACAAUGCCUGCAGUUCCUAAUAUAUCAGUUCCUGUUAGAUCUAUAGUUGCGGUCUGUAGAGGAGCAACACUGUAUGGACUUAGUAUGUACAAUAAUGAUAACUUGAACAGCAACAAUAAUUUUAAAUUUGUUAUAGAUAGUCGUGUUUUACGUUAUUCAUAUGGUAUAAUUGGAUAUCCGAUGUGGAAAGAGGGUGAUCCACCACAUAGAAGAGAUUCGGAUGGUAGAAUGCGUAAAUUCAUUCAAAUGGCACCUCGUGGUAAAGUUGUAAAAAUAAACGAGGAAUCUUCUACAACGUUCGUACCAAUAUCAGCAGAAAAUGAAUCUAUAAGAUUUGAAAUAUACCAUUCAAAGAACAAUGAUGAAAUCUACUCGGAUGAGCCAGGCAUGAAAAAAUUAGGUGAACUUAUAAUUUCAUUGCCUGAUAAACAUCUCGGAACUAAUAGACCUGUAUUAUUUUCACUCUGCUUUGGAAAAAUGGAGAUCACAGCAAGGGCAAUAAACCAAUUAAAUGGAGAUGAUGAUAUUAACUUUAAUACCAAUAAUACCAAUUUACAAAAUAUUUCCAUUGGUUAUGAAGGAACUUCAAAUGAUGAUGAACUUAAUAAUGGUAUUAAUACCGAUAAUACCAAUGACAUUGGUGAUACACCAGAAGAAAGGAUUUACAUCGUGGAAAGAGUGGAAAGAAAGAGGUUAUCAUCAUUGUCAUCAUCAAAACUAUUGCCAACAACAUCACCAAUACUAUCGCCAUCAAUAUCACCAAGACGAGAAUGCACAAAAUUGUGUGAUUUACACACAAUUACUGAUCAUUAA